AUGUUGACGGAGAAGCGCACAUCCUACAUGCCGAACGCGCGCUUCGCCAUCAAGCGCCGGCACUGCCCAUCCAAGUCCUUGGACGCCGACCCAUGCUGCAAGCAACCACGGCCGUCGGACGACGCGUCCUCGUUCAAGUCGUCGAGGACGCUCUCCUGGAUCCCCUCGCUCAUCCGCCGUGCCGCGAAUCCACCCGUCAUGGUCCGGACCGGUCACGAGAUGCGUCGAAUCGUGAACCCCCUCCCCCCCAUCCCUCCUAGCUUGCACAGCUCACCCUCCGACUCGGCGGAAUGCCAAGAGGGCUGCCAACCUCUGGCGAGAUGCUUGCCUCGCGAAACUUGCCGUCGCCUCCCGAGCAUCGAAGGCCCCGCCCAAAUGGACCAGAAGGAACAAGAACACUCGCAUCAACGACUCGCACGACCUGCUCUUCCUUUCUGCGCCACAGGCACCAGCUUGGAAGAGCAAACACCUCCUCGUCGAUCUCCCCCUAGCUCUCCCCUUCGCUCCCCCCCUCGCUCUCCUCCGACGUUUUCCGAUGUCGACUUGGUCAAGACGUGCGGGCACGGCAACAUGGUCGGCAAACAGGGACGGACAAGCGAGGAAGAGGAGGAGCUAUCCGCCAACAUCCGUCAACUGAUCCAGGAGACGGAACGAGCAUUCGAGGCCGUUGGCAACGCUCUCAACGACGUGCAACUGACGUCGAGAGACGUGCGGUUGCUGGAACCGGCCGCCCCUGCGCCCGUGGCGGGCACGCCCCCUUCGAGCGGGAGCUGCAAAGGGGUGCCGUCCCCGAGAACGGUGCCGACUCGCAAGUCGUCCGUCUCCAAGUCGAGGAAGCGGAAGCAAAAAAUGGCAGGCAAGCAAUCGAGCCCCCGAGCGGCCAAGCUGCAGGCCAAGGCCGCUCGGCUGGCCAUGUCGGAGAGCGUCAGCAACCUCAUUCAGGGCCAGAGGUUCAGGCGCAUAGUGGCGGACGAGAUGCUGACGCCGGCUCGGAUGGACGAGAUGAGGCGAGCGCGUGAGCGUGAGCAGGCCCAGUCGGAAACGACUCUUCGGUUGGAAUGCCGCUCGUCCAACGGCUCGUGCCAGAGCGUCGGAACGGACCAGUCAGACACACCCUUGGAACCCUUUCACCUGGAAAGCCUCGUGUCGAGCAUCGAGGCAUCGUCGGAGCACACGCCGCCGGGGGCUGGGGAGCCUAAGGAGCAGGCAUCUCCUGAGCAGGCAUCUCCUGAGCGACCUCUACCGAGGACGAGCGAGCACGAGGAGCAGGCUCCGGCCGCUCUGACGGAACAUCGCGUUUUCCGUGCCGACCAUUCUCUUCAGCAGCGGGGGUCAAGGGAGGAUGGGUGGAGGAGGGGGGAGAAGGAAUCGGAUGAGCGCAUGACGCUCGCCGAUUUUGCCUUUCCAGUCAUCCCUCCAAGGUAUGCCGGGCGACAGGGGUCACGAGCGCAGAUGGCUCGACUGCCGACGAUACCCGAAAUCACAGGGUCGAACGAAGGCCAGACGACCGGCAUCCUGGACGGCGAUUCAUCCGACAACGACGAGGCCGUCUUCUUGAGGGGCACGGCUCUAUCGUCGGCCAACCGGUCGUUCAGACACGGGCACAUCGUUUGCCACAAGCGGGGGGUGACGAGAGAGCAGGCCGAGGCGGAAGUGGACGAGACGGUGGACUGGACGGCCUUCCAGAUGGCCAUCCUCGGAGGCGCUGGAGAUUUGGUGUCGGGCAUGUACGAGGACGACCAGAACAGGAUGGCGGAUGAAAUGGUGGCCUGGUUCGACACCUUUGGCUUCGAAUCCCACGGCGAGCUCGUGUCGGGCGCCGUCUCGUCGGCGCGCAACUCGUCCCAAAGCGCCUCUUCGUCUUCGCCGUCGACGGUGCAGUCGGAUACCGAGCUGCCGAUCCCGGUCCAGAGCGAGAGCCGAGCGCGGCGGCACGGCUACGACGACGUCGUCCACUUCGGGUCCAUGCCGGAUGCCUUGGAUGCACUCUCGAUUUUCCGCGGCGACGGGCGGCGGCGCUGGACGAUGGAAGGGCCGCCGAAGUCGUCGGCGCGCAAGGGGUCCGCCGGCCACAGGGCGCGGCCGAGACCGCUGGUGGUCGGCGGUGAGACGGUGGAUGGCGAGGGUGUGGGUGUGCCGGAGCGCGCGGCGGAGGUGAUACCGAUGGGUUGCAACAUGAUGAACGACCUGGAUGAUUUUCUGCGAUGGGAGGCGGCGUACAUGCACGGGAGCGUCAUCUGA